UUCCGUCGUCCCCUUCAGCGGCGCGUAAGGUGCUGUGUCCUUCAGCUGAAGCUAAGGCCGAGUCCCAGCCGGCGACCAGCACCGCGCACCUCUCGCCCGCCAUGGCCUCCGUUUCCGAGCUCGCGUGCAUUUACUCCGCGCUGAUUCUCCACGAUGACGAGGUCACCGUCACGGAGGAUAAGAUCAAUGCACUUAUCAAAGCAGCAGGAGUGAACGUUGAACCGUUCUGGCCAGGUCUGUUUGCAAAGGCUUUGGCCAACAUCGACAUUGGAAGCCUCAUCUGCAACGUCGGAGUGGGCGGUGGUGCUCCAGCUGCUGCGGCCCCGGCCGGAGGAGGGCCCCCCGCGGGGGGUGCCGCUCCUGCUGAAGAGAAGAAAGAGGAAGAGAAGAAGGAGGAGUCGGAAGAAUCUGAUGAUGACAUGGGCUUCGGUCUCUUCGACUAAGCUGAUUUUUUGUAUUCUUUUACAAUAAAGAUACAAAUAUUUAAGUGAA